GCAUCACCAGUUCUCUUGAAUCUCAAUUUUGUUAUGUAUUUUUUGUUGCAUUCGUUUUAUCCAGAAAAAACAGGCAGUUGCAAUCUCAUUAAUAGCGCUCUGACAACAUUUUAUGACAAGGCACAUAUGAAAGAAAGAUAUUUUUAUGUAAUUUUUACACUUACGCAAAAGAAAAACUGUAUUUACCUUCAUGUUUAUGGCGUAAGGGCAGCUCUCCAAUCCAGGACAAUAGGGAAGGUUUAGGUCGCACCGUCACCAGACUAUGUCCCAUUCUCUGCUCAAACCAUUGUUUAAUCACACUGCUUGCCACGACUGCCGGUUGUUCAUUUACUAAACCACAUGCACACUCUUCUCUCGAAUCAUUCGCUUCAUCAGCAGAGAUUAACUUCAUGCCGGUCGGUGCCGUUUUGUACUCUGUUAGCAUAUGUUAUUCUUGAGGGACAGAUCGGGAGAACAUUGUUUUGCCCCAUCGUUCAAAAAGGCCUCUUCCAUCCCUGCGCGCAAAAACCAAUCCACCUCCACAUUCUGCAGCACUCCCACACCGUUCCUGUCACCACAUGAGCAUUACGGCAAAUUAGCAGGUGCAGAGGAGAUGGGGCAGAACACAUCAUACAUCCGAACAUCCAGCUGCCCAUACGGCAAAUGGCCAACACUCUUUACAUUCUCUAUUGAGAAGAUGAAAGGUGUGUUGUAAGCGGAAGAUCGUCGAUGGAGGACUCAAGAUGAAAGAUGUGAUAAUGAUUACCAGUAUCCAUCGCUUCAAAGACAUGCUGCCAUAUACCAUGACCCGGGGACCACUCCAGGACAUUCACUGCAGAGAAAGGCCUCGUGUGCAACAGGACAUUUGACAAUUACGCCUGUUGGCCUGAUGGACUCCCCAACACCACUGUCAGUGUGCCGUGCCCGUGGUAUCUGCCAUGGCACCAUGAAGUACUGCACGGUAUGGUGUAUCAGGAAUGUGAUGCAAACGGCCAGUGGUUGACGACGAAGAAUACCAGCGAGUGUGACUCCAAUAAUCCAAGUCAGCAGUACUAUGGCCAUAUUCGGAUCAUGUACACAGUGGGCUAUUCCUUAUCACUGGUGGCUUUGGUGUUGGCGCUUGGCAUCCUCAUAUGCUUCAGGAAACUGCACUGCAUGAGGAACAACAUCCACAUGAAUCUGUUUGCCUCCUUCAUCCUGCGAGCGCUGUCCAUCCUCAUCAAAGACGCGCUGCUGGUGGCCAACAUCACAUCUCAGGACCUCGGCAGGGACCAGGAGCAGGGAUUCCCCCGGGCAUCUUUGGCUCCGGUCGAGCUGCUGGUCAACAAUGACGUCAGUAUAACGGUUAGCUGUCGCAUCGCCGUGGUGAUGAUGCAGUACAGUAUCAUGGCCAACACCUACUGGCUGCUGGUGGAAGGCAUCUACCUCCACAACCUCCUGGUGAUCACCGUGUUCACGGAGAGGAACUAUUUCAAAAUCUACCUGUGCAUUGGCUGGGGUACCCCGUUAAUAUUCCUCGUGCCCUGGGUGAUGCUGAAAUAUCUGUAUGAAAAUCAAGAGUGCUGGGGGCAGAACAUAGACAUGAAUUACUGGUGGAUCAUCCGUUCCCCAAUUCUGCUGGCAGUUGUGAUCAACUUCCUCAUCUUUAUCUAUAUCAUUAAGAUUCUUGUGUCAAAACUUCGAGCGCACCAAAUGAGAUACACAGAUUACAAGAUCAGGUUGGCUAAGUCGACUCUGACCCUGAUCCCUCUUCUGGGUAUCCAUCAGGUGGUCUUCAUCUUUGUGACAGACGAAUCCACCAAGACCACCAUUGCCCUGCGUCUCACCAAGCUCUUCAUCGACCUCUUCUUCUCUUCCUUCCAGGGUCUCUUGGUGGCCAUCUUGUACUGCUUUGUGAACAAAGAAGUGCAGUCGGAGAUCCUGAAGAAGUGGAAGCGCUGGAAGCUAGGGCGGAACAUCGAGGAGGAAUACCGCCACACUUACAGCAAUACCCCCAACACCAAGACAGCUAGCCUGUUGAACCACGUCUCUCGAUUGCCCCACCUACCGGACAUCGCCAAAACCUCUGCUCCGGUCUGCAGUCCCGAGGAGAGGCACAUGCUCGUGGCGGGCUGCCAUAACGGUAUGGUCCACAGCAAGGGGGGAGUCCAGUGCGCCUCUCCACGGCACAAGGGAAACAUCAGCAACUGCACCCUGGUAGAAGACAUCAGCCUUACCGACAAGGUGCAGUGCUACAAGGCUCGGAGAGGGAACGCAGAGAGCCACCUGUGAAAGACACUUGGAAAAGAGAAGUUGGUGAGGAAACUUGGAGGGAGCGUUGAGUUCUCACCUGGCCCCGGCGUACUGCGCUGGGCGACUGUGAAGAGCUGGGCUGAUGGAGUCAUCUGUCAGAGCGGUGUUCUCUCAGAGAUCAGUGUCACUGGGAGACCGAGCAGCGCUCAGCCCUCUCCACAGCCUGAGAAUGGAGAAAAAUACGGCAGACGUCCAACGCUGAGGGUUCGAUAUCUGCUGUGAGCUUUGUGACUGGAUUUCUCUAGAUGUUUGUCACACAGUGUAAGAAACUGCUGCAUGUUGAACAAUGCAACAACAGAAUCUCACUGCAGAUACAAGGCAUGUAAAAUAAUGAGAAGGAGGAAAAAACCCUGAAACCUCAAAAAGCAACAACAGCAACAAAGAGACCAAAAAAAGGAGCCAGUGUCCUUGCUUGAGCAUCUGCUUUAAUUUGUGCUUUGUAUCAAAUAUGUGUUUUGUGUUUCUGGAGGUUAAAGACAAACUGGACAUUGAACUGAAUACACAAAAAAGACCAAACAAGUGAAGAAGAUGGCAGAAAACAGAGGAGACCCUUUUUUUGAUUUGCGCAGAAUCAUAUUAAUGUUUUUGUCCAGACUGACUUUGAUGAAAAUGUACAGAAAAGGAAGAAACGUUGUGUUGACUGUACCUCAUACAGUGAGGUAACCACGGUGGUGAUGUUCAAGCGGCCCCAUCCAGGGCCCAUGAGAAAUUGGCAGCUGCUCUCAUUCCUGGCUUACGUAAAGCGGUCAAGGGAUGGUAUGGGAUGAAUUAUAGAUAAGCUAAAAAUGGUCAUCCCUUGACUUAUUCAAGUGUUUUACAACAACAAAUAAAUCGUUUUAUAUUGGUUUAAACCAUGAAUACUGCAGAGUGUUACUGUGUAAAUGUGUUUCCGAGGGGAGUCGUGGCAAUUCUGCGCCGUUAAACACUUUCUCUCCCCCUUUGCCAUCAACAUGUUGUCUGACUCACAUGGCUUGGUGUGCAAUGAUGAACUUCUGCGCAGUAGCUCACCCGACCUUUGACAUGAAAGCUGAUAGGAAGGAGGUGUGCACGCAAAUCAAAGAUAAAAAUACAUGGUAUAUAGACAUGACCUGUAAAGGCACAUGCAUACAGUAUGAAUUGUAACACUGUGACUCAAGAUAACAUGUCACCUCUGGCACAAGGGUGUGUUUGCAAUGCUAAAUAUAAGCUGUUGUGCAUGCACGUCACGCAGAUUUUUUGUGAAAUGAUGCUGCGUACGUGCCGUGCAGUGCCAUCUCAUCAAUGUCUCCACCGUGCAAAUGCCAAAAAGUCAGUCUGUGCUAAUGACUGCAUGUGCCCAGUUACUCUACAGACAGUGUUUAGUAUUCAGCCUUAUUGCCAGCCUGUCUGCAGGGCCUGUGGAGUCUGAACAAAGCUCUGUGCCCUUAAGGGAGAACAAAUCCUCUCUGGUAAGCAUGCUAGUGACAAAGAAAGAUGAAUAAGCAGUGGUACAUUUGCGGCUGAAUAUUUUCUUUUCUUUUUUUUUUUUAGAAAAAGGGAAGCUUUUUUUGAUUUUAUUUUUAAACAUCAACAUCAUUUACCUUUGAGUGGCUAAAUAUUUUUGCCAGAUCUAGCUCAACUUGACUUUGUAUGUAUGACUUUUUGCACAAUGUUAAUUUAUAAUUGCUAAAUGCUGUGUGUUAAAGUGUAUAUGUGUUAAAACAGUUGAUUUAUCUGAUUUCUGUAUUUUUUCUAUAUUUUGUGUGUGUGUAUGAGAGAGUUUAUAGUUGGGUAUGAAUGUGUGAAGUUUCAGUAUUCCAGAUAUGUGCAUGUGUUACAGUAGGUUGAAUCACGGGCCGCAGCAAGAGGUGCAGUGGGAUGAUGUAACAGUGCAACAGGCUCAGCGAUCAGAGGGCGAUAUGAGUCAGUCCUACCCCGACAUAUACAGAACCACACCACAGGACAUUCCUAGAAGUCAUGCCUAUAUGAGGCAUAGGCAAGACAACGCUCUGCGUUUUAUCAUGGAAGCUUUGCAGUUCAGAGUUGAAAUUGAAAUCGAAGCACAACGGCGACGUGUUUGUCAUUUGGAUAACGCCUCUGGUGCAUUUUACACUUCAGCCAGGUGCUGGUGUUUUUCAUCAGCACCCGCUGAGGGUUGUAAUAGAGCAGGUGGAUAUCCAACAGCCAGAGCUGAGCUGGGAGUGUGGCACACACAGUGGCACCGCUGGAGCUCAGUGGUGAAUUUUCUUGCUCUGCAAAGCAGGAGACAUGCUUUCAAUACUGACACAUUAACAAAGGAAUGUUGUGCACCUUGAGUUAAAAAAGGAUUCAGUAGUGUGUAUAAGUGCAAUGCUGAUUUUAUUUCAAUCUAAUACAUGUAUUUUAAGCUGUGACCAUAACCAUUUAUGUUUUUUUCGAAACCAGCAGCUUGUGUCACUCUCCUCUCUGGACCAAAGUGGUUCUGUCUGAAUGUAUUCUUUAAAAGGGCCAAACAGGAAGGUUCCUUUGUAUUUUCUCAUAGAGGUGGUUAAUAAUAAUAAUAAUAAAUUUCAUUUAUAGAGCACUUUUCAUUGCUAAAAGCAAUCUCAAAGUGGUUAUGUUCAGUGUAUGUGUUGUGAGGAGCCAGUCAGGUAAAAACUGACUGUGUUCAUCAUAUAUUGUGUCCGCUUUUCAAACUUUGUCCAACUAGUGAAAGAAUAAAUUACAAUGUAUGUGAAAGAGUAUUUUAACUUGCUGUGUUUUUGUUUUUUUGUAUUGGUGAAUAUUCAUAAUGUUAAAAUAAAAAGGAGAACGCAUGUGCAGAUCAA